GGUUUUGGGGGUGGCUCUUGCCAGCUGGGAGGAGGCCGCAGUGUCUCCACCUGCUCAACUCGUUUUGUCUCUGGGGGAUCAGCUGGGGGCUAUGGGGGUGGCAUGAGCUGUGGCUUUGGAAGUGGCUUUGGAGGUGGCUUUGGAGGUGGCUUUGGUGGUAGCUUUGGUGAUGGUGAUGGUGGCCUCCUCUCUGGCAAUGAGAAGAUUACCAUGCAGAACCUCAACGACCGCCUGGCCUCCUACCUGGAGAAGGUGCAUGCCCUGGAGGAGGCCAACACUGACCUGGAGGUGAAGAUCCGAGACUGGCACCUGAAGCAGAGCCCAUCCAGCCCGGAGCGUGACUACAGCAACUACUAUAAGACCAUUGAGGACCUCCGGAACAAGAUCACAGCAGCAACCAUUGACAACAACCAGGUCCUCCUGGAGAUCGACAAUGCCAGGCUGGCUGCAGAUGACUUCAGGCUCAAGUAUGAGAAUGAGCUGGCCCUGCGCCAGAGUGUGGAAGCUGACAUCAAUGGCCUGCGCAGGGUGCUGGAUGAGCUGACCCUGGCCAAGACCGACCUGGAGAUGCAGAUCGAGAGUCUGAAUGAGGAGCUGGCCUACAUGAAGAAGAACCAUGAGGAGGAGAUGAAGGAGUUCAGCAACCAGGUAGUAGGCCAGGUCAACGUGGAGAUGGAUGCCACUCCGGGCAUUGACCUGACACGUGUGUUGGCUGAGAUGAGGGAGCAGUAUGAGGCCAUGGCAGAGAAGAACCGCCGGGAUGCGGAGGAAUGGUUCCAUAGCAAGAGUGCAGAGCUGAACAAGGAGGUGACUUCCAGCACUGCCAUGAUCCAGACCAGCAAGACAGAGAUCACGGAGCUCAGGCGCACACUCCAAGGCCUGGAGAUCGAGCUGCAAUCCCAGCUUAGCAUGAAAGCCGGGCUGGAGAGCACGGUGGCGGAGACGGAGUGCCGCUACGCCCUGCAGCUGCAGCAGAUCCAGGGCCUCAUCAGCAGCAUCGAGCAGCAGCUGAGCGAUCUCCGUAGUGAGAUGGAGUGCCAGAACCAGGAGUACAAGACACUGCUGGACAUCAAGACGCGGCUGGAGCAGGAGAUCGCCACCUAUCGCAGCCUGCUUGAGGGCCAAGACGCCAAGUAG